UAAAAAAAACAUAAUAAUAUAAUAAAACAAAGAGUAUAUAUAUUAAUUAAUUAAUUAUAAGAAAAAGCAUUUGAAAGAGAAACCCUAGUUGGCAUUGUGUUGUUCACUCUGUAGCGGCGAAAGCAUCACUAUUUGCAAAACAAUAAUCGAAAUUGCAAUGGCUACUUCGAGGACAGUGAAGGAUGUUUCUCCUCAUGAAUUCGUUAAGGCUUACUCCGCUCACCUUAAGCGAUCUGGCAAGAUGGAGCUGCCUGAGUGGACAGACAUUGUGAAAACUGCAAGAUUUAAGGAAUUGGCACCCUAUGAUCCUGAUUGGUAUUAUGUUAGAGCUGCUUCCAUGGCAAGGAAGAUCUACUUGAGAGGUGGUCUUGGUGUAGGUGCAUUUCAGAGGAUCUAUGGUGGGAGCCAAAGGAAUGGAAGUCGCCCACCUCAUUUUUGCAAGAGCAGUGGUUCAAUUGCUCGCCACAUUCUUCAACAGUUGCAGAACAUGGACAUCAUUGAGAUGGACACCAAAGGUGGCAGGAAAAUUACAUCGAGUGGACGCCGGGAUCUGGACCAAGUAGCUGGAAGAAUUGUCAUUGCCCCUUGACUUUUUUGAGGACUUGAUAAUCAACACAAAAGCUCGAGUUAAAUGUGUUAUUUGGACAAGUUUUGAUCCCAGAUUAUGCCAAAAUUUUGGUUUUAGCUACCUUAUAUCUUCUAAAUUUGUCAUUAAAUUUUGCUAUUAGUCAUCUAGAUUAUAUUUUCCUACAUUUAAUUUCCAUUUUCAAUCAAAAGACAUUUCAAUCUUCACCUUGGACAUUAUUGAUCAUUGAUUGUCAACCUAUGAAAUGAAAGUUUGAAGUAAAUUUAGGGUCUGUUUAA